AAGCCUCUCUGGGCAAGGCAGUGGGGCUGAGCUCUGAUUGGCUGAGGCCGGCGGGGCAGGGGGCGGGGCGCUCGCAGCGGACCCGGAGCGCAGCGCAUCUGUGCGCUCCUCAGCUCCGCUCCGUCUGUGCAGCGCGCAGCUUCGCUCCUCUCCGCGGCCAUGCCGAGCCAGAGCGCAGCCUGACUUCCGGGAGCCACGGCGGGAUGUCCGCGAGCUGCGCCGUCUGAGCACACCUGGAGCGCGAGCGCUGUUGGCGGUGCGGAGCGCGCGGAGAGGAGGAGACAUGAGAAGGAAGGAGGCGUCAGCGAUGGGCUGGAAGCUGCUGCUGCUGGUCAGCGUGAGUCGGUGUAAGGAGAUGGACGGCGCUGCGAGGACACGGCACGCUCCGAUGUCUCCCUCCGACUUUCUGGACAAACUGAUGGGACGGACGUCCGGGUACGACGCUCGCAUCAGACCCAAUUUUAAAGGUCCUCCAGUCAACGUCUCCUGCAACAUUUUCAUCAACAGCUUCGGCUCCAUCGCAGAGACCACCAUGGACUACCGCGUGAACAUCUUCCUGCGGCAGCAGUGGAACGACCCCAGACUGGCCUACGCCGAGUACCCCGACGACUCGCUGGACCUGGACCCGUCCAUGCUGGACUCCAUCUGGAAGCCGGACCUGUUCUUUGCCAACGAGAAGGGUGCCCACUUCCAUGAAGUCACCACAGACAACAAGCUCCUCAGGAUAUUUAAGAACGGAAACGUUCUGUACUCCAUAAGACUGACCCUCACCCUGUCCUGUCCCAUGGACCUGAAGAACUUCCCCAUGGACGUCCAGACGUGCAUCAUGCAGCUGGAGAGCUUCGGCUACACCAUGAACGACCUGAUCUUUGAGUGGCAGGAGAACGGGCCGGUCCAGGUGGCCGAGGGCCUCACGCUGCCGCAGUUCAUCCUGAAGGACGAGUCGGACCUGAGAUACUGCACCAAGCACUACAACACCGGGAAGUUCACCUGCAUCGAGGUGCGGUUCCACCUGGAGCGGCAGAUGGGCUACUACCUGAUCCAGAUGUACAUCCCCUCCCUGCUCAUCGUCAUCCUGUCCUGGGUCUCCUUCUGGAUCAACAUGGACGCGGCGCCGGCCCGCGUGGCGCUGGGCAUCACCACCGUGCUCACCAUGACCACGCAGAGCUCCGGGUCCAGGACCUCGCUGCCCAAGGUCUCCUACGUGAAGGCCAUCGACAUCUGGAUGGCCGUGUGUCUCCUCUUCGUCUUCUCGGCCCUGCUGGAGUACGCCGCCGUCAACUUCGUGUCGCGGCAGCACAAAGAGCUUCUGCGCUUCAGACGGCAGCACCGCCCCAAGACCAAGGAAGGGGAGGUCCCUGAGAGCCGGCCGACCUCCACCGCUGCUGUGACGUCCACUCCCAGCAGCACCAAGGACUCCAAAGUCAGCACCAACAACGCCGUGGCGGUGCUGAGCACGCCGGGCGGAGCCGCCAACGCUUCCCAGAAUCCACCUGGAGGAGGAGGAGGAGGAGGAGGAGGAGGAGGAGGAGGAGGUAAAAGCUUGGAGGAGAUGAGGAAGCUGUUCAUCGACCGAGCCAAAAAGAUCGAUACUGUGUCGAGAGCCGGCUUCCCUCUGGCCUUCCUCUUCUUCAACAUCUUCUACUGGGUCCUUUACAAGAUCCUCAGACAUGAAGAUUUCAAUAAGCAGUGAAGGAGGUUCCUCUGAAGCUCCUCUAAAGCUCCUCUGAAGCU